AUGUUGUCCUCGUUGACCGUCGUCCUGGCCUCGGCCUCCAUCGCCGCCGCCCAUAUGGAGAUGACCUGGCCCCCGCCACUCCGCUCCAAGUACAACCCCUACUCGAACCCCGGCUCCAUCGACUACACCAUGACCGCGCCCCUGCUCGCCGACGGCUCCAACUACCCGUGCAAACACUACCAGGUGGCCGACCUCGGCACGCCGCAGGGCCGUCCCACGGCCACCUUUGUCGCCGGCCAGAGCGCCAACCUCACCAUUGGCGGCGGCGCACCGCACGGAGGGGGGUCCUGCCAGGUCAGCGUGUCGUACGACCGCGGACAGUCCUUUACCGUGGUGCAGUCCAUCGAGGGCGGGUGCCCUGCGAGCGCGGGGACGACGACCCUGGAUUUUGCCAUCCCGUACGACGCGCCGCAGGGCGACGCGCUGCUGGCGUGGACGUGGUUCAACAACCUGGGCAACCGCGAGAUGUACAUGAACUGCGCUGCCGUGACGAUUACCGGCGCAGCAGGCGCCGCCGCCAAGCCGAAGCGCGGCGCACACGCUCCCUUGAGCUCCCGGCCGAAGCUGUUCAUCGCCAAUGUCGGCAACGGCUGCAGCACCGUCGACAGCCGUGACGUGCAGUUCCCGCAGCCCGGUCCGGACCUGGACGUGAGGUCGACCCAGGGUGUCAUCCCCCCCAAGGGCGCCGGCUGCCAGAGCAGCGCCUCCGAGAGCGGCUUGUCCGGCAACCAGGGCUAUGUUGUGCCUUCUGCCGCACAAGCUUCCAAGCCACAAAACUCGGAUGGUGUGUUCGUCACGGUGCCUCCAUCGGCUGCUGCCACCCCAGCCCCUGCAUCCACUUCGCAGGCCGCCGUCGUGCCCGCCGCCAAGGCUUCUCCCCAGGCCAUUGCUGGCGAGGUUGUGUCGCCGUCUGCUGCUGCUAUCAACGCUGGUUCGUCCGCAGCCGCCGCAGCCGCCGUCGCCGAUGGCUCGUCUUCAUCGCCGUCAUCGUCGACGUCAACAAAUGGUGCCACCAUUGCCGGUACACCCUGCUCAGAAGAGGGCCAGUGGGCGUGCAUCCAUGACGGCAGGUCGUUCCAGCGCUGCGCCUCGGGCCAGUGGAGUGUUGUCCAGGCUAUGGCUCCCGGGACCGUGUGCCACAGCGGGACUCAGGGCAAGUUUGAGAUUGAAGCCGCCAGCUCGCCGUCCAUCGCGUCGCGUGCGCACCUGCGGAAGCUCCGCCGCCGCGGACAGCGAACCGCCGAGUAG